UUUGCUUUCACGCCUUUGUGAUAGUCCAAAGGCUAUUCCAAUCCGAGUCCUCCUCGCUGGAUUCUGGUGGUCUCUGCUCUUCAACUGAAAAUUUUCUGUGACACGUACAAAGAAAACAGAAAAACCUACGACGGCUUUAUCUGCGUUGGGAAGCUAGCUCUUCAUUGAUGAGUUUCUGUCUUCCUUUAUGAUCCCAAGCUAAAAUCUUGUUUUCCUCCGAUCAAUCUCUGGUGGUACAACCUUCUCUGUCACAGAACGUACAAAACUGAUGGGAAAUUUAUUUGUCAAGAAGCCAAAAGUAACCGAUGUGGAUCGAGCAAUCCUCGCGCUCAAGACCCAGAGACGGAAGCUUGCUCAAUAUCAACAAAAGCUUGAUGCUGUUAUUGAAGCUGAGAAGCAAGCCGCAAGAGACUUGAUCCGUGAAAGGAAAAAAGACAGAGCCUUGUUAGCAUUAAAGAAAAAGAAGACGCAAGAAGAUUUGUUAAAACAAGUUGAUGCCUGGCUUAUAAAUGUGGAGCAACAAUUGGCAGAUAUUGAACUAGCAAGUAAGCAGAAGGCUGUGUUUGACAGUUUGAAGGCAGGUAAUGAUGCAGUUAAAGCCAUACAGAGUGAGAUAAACAUUGAUGAUGUUCAGAAGCUUAUGGAUGAUACUACUGAAGCGAAGGCUUAUCAAGAUGAAAUUAAUGCAAUCUUAGGGGAGAAGUUAUCUGCAGAAGACGAGGAGGAGAUUUUAGCAGAAUUUGAGGACUUGGAAACUCAGCUUAUGGUUCAAGACCUUCCUGAAGUUCCUACCACAGAGCCUGAAGGCAUCAAGGAGGAAUUGGACCUUCCUGAUGUCCCAACCAAAACACCUCCUGCACCUGCAAAUGAUGCUGCAGUUUCCGCAAAAGCAAAAGUUAUGGAGGAACCACUUCCAGCUUAAAGUGCAUGGCGGCCGGAUUAGGCAGAGCAUCUGGUUUAUAUAUUCACAUGCUACUCCAAACUUAUGCAAUUGCCGGAAUUUAGGUUGGCUUUAGUAUCUUCAGUCCCUAUGACAUUGGAUUUGUACAGAGAUGCUUGUAUAUUUUCUUUUGUUUUUUGGCCAACGAGAUGCUUGUAUAUUUUACUUAUUCAACGUAAA